UUCUUCAAAAUCCCCAUUUCAUCAGAACCCUCACGGCGCAGGAGCACAAUGCAGAUCUUCGUGAAAACCCUAACGGGAAAGACUAUAACCCUAGAGGUUGAGUCUUCCGAUACCAUCGACAAUGUCAAGGCGAAGAUCCAGGACAAGGAGGGCAUCCCACCGGACCAGCAGCGUCUCAUCUUCGCCGGGAAGCAGCUAGAGGACGGCCGAACCCUAGCCGAUUACAACAUCCAGAAGGAGUCGACUCUUCACUUGGUGCUCAGACUUAGGGGAGGAGCCAAAAAGAGGAAGAAGAAGACCUACACCAAGCCAAAGAAGAUCAAACAUAAGAAGAAGAAGGUGAAGCUCGCUCUUCUCCAGUUCUAUAAGGUUGAUGACUCCGGUAAGGUGCAGCGGCUGCGGAAGGAGUGUCCCAACGCUGAGUGCGGCGCCGGAACUUUCAUGGCUAACCACUUCGACCGACAUUACUGCGGCAAGUGUGGUUUGACCUAUGUGUAUCAGAAGGCCGGCGGCGAUUAGGUUUUGUUUUUAUUAUCGUUUUUUUAAUUUAAUUAAAAAAAUGAAAUUAUCAAAGUCUGGAUAUUUUUUUUGAGUUGGUACUGUUUGAUUUCUACUUAAUUUUAGUUUAUGCAAUUUUGCUAAGUGCUUAUGUUUACUGUUUUGGAACUUUGAUAAUAUAGUUAUAUUAGUUGAUAA